CAACCAUGAGCAACCAAAUUCAGAAUUCCAAAACAAAAGAAACCAAAGAAAUUAAAAAUGUCACUCACCAAUUUCACCGCUUCACUCUCCACGCUCCCUUCCAAUCUCAAACCAAGAACAAGGCCAAAACCCAACACGAUCAUCUCCCGCUCUCUCUCUGACGACAACCCGAACCCUGAUCCUAGCCCUAACUCGAACCCAAAGCAGGCGAGUCACCGCCUGAGCCGGUGGUCCAGGGCCCGAACCAUCCGGUCCGGACCGCCUCGACUGGCCGACCGCCUGAGCCGGUGGUCCAGGGCCCGAACCAUCCGGUCCGGACGCCGCCUCGACUGGCCGGCUCUCCGAAACAAAACCAAUCAGAGUUCGAACCCUUCAUCUCUACCGUCCACGUCGUCGUCGUCGUCUAAGCUGGCCGAGAUCUCGCAGUCGAGUUCGGAGGAGGACUCAGAGGAGGAGGAUAGCGGAGGGAUGACGGCGGAAGGGAAGGCGAUUUAUAUGGUGUCGGAUGGGACGGGGUGGACGGCGGAGCAUUCCGUCAACGCGGCGUUAGGGCAGUUCGAGUACUGUCUUGUUGACCACGGGUGUCCUGUAAACACCCACGUCUUCUCUGGGGUUGAAGACACAGAAAGACUAAUGGAGAUCAUAAAACAAGCGGCAAGAGAGGGUGCACUCCUUUUAUAUACCCUUGUUGAUCCGUCAAUGGCCGAGGCAGCAAAGCAAGCUUGCCACGUAUGGGGAGUGCCAUCCACCGACAUUCUUCGCCCCACGACCGAAGCCAUCGCUGCCCACCUCGGUGUCGCCCCUUCUGGAAUCCCACGUGGUGGUCGGAAGGGCCCACUCACAGAAGACUAUUUCAAACGUAUCGAAGCCAUUGAUUUCACAAUCAAGCAAGAUGAUGGAGCUCUACCUCAAAAUCUCAGUCGUGCUUCAAUUGUUCUUGUGGGAGUUUCAAGAACUGGGAAAACCCCAUUAUCUAUUUAUUUGGCACAAAAAGGGUAUAAGGUCGCAAAUGUUCCUAUCGUAAUGGGUGUUGAAUUACCAAAGAAAUUGUUUGAGAUUGAUCAAGAGAAGAUAUUUGGGCUGACAAUAAAUCCGGUUGUGCUUCAGACUAUAAGGAAGGCUAGGGCUAAGAGCUUAGGAUUUGGGAAUGAUGUGAGGAGCAAUUAUUCGGAGAUGGAUUAUGUUAGGGAGGAGUUGGAACAUGCUAAUAAAAUUUUUUCUCGGAACCCUGUUUGGCCUGUGAUUGAGGUCACAGGAAAAGCAAUAGAGGAAACUGCGGCAGUGUUGGUGAGAAUUUAUCAUGAUAGGAAGAACAAGUGCUUUCUACCGCGAAUAUCAAAGCGAUACUAGAGAUUGCAUUAUGCGAUGCAUUUUAUGUUGUAUAUAUGUAUACAUUACUAUCAGUGCCUAGUUUGAAAGCAACAUGUAAAUGAGAGAGUUGAUGUAUUUGCGGGCACUUUAUGUUUUUGUUUAUAUGAUGCUAAAAGGGUAUGCUGUUUUAAACUGGUCUCAUCCAAAAAUCAUGAUGGACAUGGUUUCUCAUGCUUGGUAUUAUUUAAUUGAGAUAGAUUGUAUGAUA